AUGUUAGGGAAAUCAACGAGGCCGGUGAUGGAUAUUCUGACCGGGUCAUUUGUAUCUGGAAACCGGGCCGGGCCGGCGGAUACUGCUACAAGCUCCAAAAAGCAAACGGAACCCACGGCCCAAUCACCUAGAGGGCUCAAAAGUUUUGAUAUUGGUGGUGUUGGGUUAGGCAUAGUGGCGGCCCUGGGAAAAUCCAGUUCGGACAAUAAGGCCUUGUGUGGCCGGAAUUCGAGCCGGUCCAGCCCGAUUCCGGUGAUGUCAACCAGAAAUUGCCGGAAUUCAGAGGAAAAAAUUGUGGGUAUGGAGAGUGUGGAAGAGUAUACUAUAGUGACUUGUCACCGCCCGAACAAGUCGUACACCAGAGCUUAUUCUAACAGUGAAGAUAAUGGAUUCCCAUACAGAAUACAUAAUAACGCCAAGCGAGGCAGCGUUUUUCACAUAUCGCCGGCGAGAAUUGGGGAUGCCUCCCUGAUUCCGCCGCAGGAUUUUCUGAGCGCCUGCAAUUUAUGCCGGAAGUCACUCCAUGGCAAGGAUAUUUAUAUGUACAGGGGAGAAAAAGCAUUUUGCAGCGCGGAGUGCAGGUACAGGCAAAUGAGGAUAGACGAGCCCACAGAGAAGUGCAGCUACGAGGUAUCAAGGCCCGUAGAGGUUGCAGCGGGCUCACCAUAUUCCAAUGCCCAGAUUUUGACUAAUGGGAUUCUGGCAGUUUAA